AUGUUGGCACGAUCAGUUAAGGCGGCCCGUUUGGCCACUCCUCUGCGGGCUUGCUACGCCCCAGCAAACUCGUUUUCAUUGAGAAGAAAUGUCACCACUGAUGCCGCCUCUUCUCAUGCGGAUAAGGAUGCUGUUCCAGCUGAAGAUGACAAGAAAUUCACCGUCAACCUCUCCCCAGAGAGCUUCGAGAGCUACAAGAUUGAGGGACCUAGUACUGAGGUGGAAGUGUCAAAGAACGACCUGAAGAAGAUGUACUUGGACAUGGUCACUAUUCGACGAAUGGAGAUGGCUGCCGACAAGCUCUACAAGGAGAAGAAGAUCCGUGGAUUCUGUCAUUUGUCCACUGGUCAAGAAGCUGUCGCCGCCGGUAUGGAGCAUGCCCUUACCCCUGAGGACCAUGUUAUCACUGCCUACCGAUGCCACGGUUUUGCCCUGAUGCGUGGUGCGACUGUUAAGAGCAUUAUCGGAGAGCUUCUUGGGCGACGAGAGGGGAUUGCCUACGGAAAGGGCGGCUCUAUGCAUAUGUUCUGCAAGGGUUUCUACGGUGGUAACGGAAUUGUCGGUGCUCAGGUUCCUGUAGGCGCUGGUAUCGGAUUUGCCAUGAAGUACUUGAACAAAAAGAACACCACCUUUGCCCUCUAUGGUGACGGUGCAUCCAACCAGGGUCAAGUUUUCGAGGCUUACAACAUGGCCAAGCUUUGGGAUAUUCCAGUUGUUUUCGCUUGCGAGAACAACAAGUACGGAAUGGGAACUGCGGCAAACAGGAGUUCUGCUUUGACCCAGUACUACCAGCGUGGACAGUACAUCCCUGGUCUGAAGGUUAACGGAAUGGACGUUCUUGCCGUUAAGCAGGCGAGUGCCUGGGCUAGGGAGUACACCACCAGCGGUAACGGGCCACUGGUUAUGGAAUUCGUCACAUACCGUUACGGUGGACACUCCAUGUCUGACCCCGGUACCACCUACCGUACCCGUGAGGAGGUUCAGCGCAUGCGUUCAACUCAGGACCCCAUCCAGGGUCUUAAGCAGAAGAUCCUUGAGUGGGGCAUUGUUUCUGAGGAGGACCUUAAGUCCCUUGACAAGCAGGCCAAGCAGUUGGUUGACAAGGAGGUUAAGGAGGCCGAGGAGGCACCCUUCCCAGAAAACACACCCAAGAUUUUGUUUGAGGAUAUCUACGUCCGUGGUUCAGAGCCAGAUUUCAUGAAGGGCAGGACACUUGAGGAGACACACUACUACAGGGAGUAA